UUUCAGGUGUGUGACGCAAGUAAUUAGAUAUGACUGGCACAGAGAGGAAGGUCUUUCAGAAAUAUUAUCCGCCAGAUUUUGAUCCCUCGAAAAUCCCACGAGCAAAAGGACAGCGCAACAGGCAGUUUGUGCAACGUGUAAUGGCACCUUAUAAUAUGCAGUGCGAUACUUGCCAUGAGUACAUAUACAAGGGGAAAAAGUUUAACAUGAGACGUGAGACCGCGGACGGCGAGACUUAUUUGGGGUUGAAAAUCUUUCGAUUUUAUUUUCGAUGUCCAAACUGUUUGGCUGAAAUAACAUUUAAAACGGAUCUGGAAAAUUGUGACUAUCAGCAAGAACAUGGAGCAACUCGCCUUUUCGAAGCCUUCAAGCUGUAUCAGCAGGAGGAGAAAGCAAAAGAAACGAAAGAGGAGGAGGAGAAGAAAGAUCCCAUGAAAAUGCUUGAAAAAAGAACAAAAAUGAGCCGAGCCGAAAUGGAAGCAUUGGGUAAAUUAGAAGAAUUACAAGAGACAAAUCGACGCCAUGAAACAUUUGGCCCUGACCAGUAUUUCCAAAAUCUAAUCGGGAUUCAAGCAGAGACUGUGCGGCUACAGGAAGAAGAAGAUGAAAAAUUCAUCCAAAAAUUAUACGGAAGGAUGGAGGAUGGUAAAGUUAUUAAACGAAUACUGGAUGAUGAAAACGAAGAUAUGGAUUUACCGAUGUAUGUGAAACAAGAAAUAAAACAUGAGCCUGUUGAAGAUCAGAAACCAAGUUGUUCAUCUGCCGACAGAACAAACUUGAAACCAGACACGUCAGGACAAGAUAAUGUGGUAGCACAUAAACGAACAUCGCAAAAGGAACUUUUAUCAAGAAUUGUUACUAUCAAGAAACAAAGAAUGGGAAGGAGUGAACCGAUGGUUGUAAAAACAGAAAUUCAGGAUGCAAUUGGCAGUCCUGAAGAUUUACCAGAAUAUUCCAUUUCAAAAAAAUGUGAAAGUGGUAGGAAAUCACAACCGAUUUCACUAGCUCCAUCAUUAUCUGCCCUUCAAGGCUUGGCUGAUUAUUGUAGUGAUUCUAGUAGCGAUUAAUUCUUUUUAAUGGUUUAUAUAAAAACUUGGAUAAACAGUAAUUCAAGAACAGAUUUUCGGCUUUUAGACCGAGCAGUAUGACAUGGAUUGGUGGACAGUUUAAUUCUCAUUUU